GCUGGACUCCCAUGAUGCACCGCACUGCCAACGUAUGCAAACAGGAACAUGGCUACCGGUAUUUAACAUCAGAAGCCCGUCGUUACAACAAACUUCUGUUGACCUGACACCGUCUGUGACUGAAUUUUCUGUGCCUCCGCCACAGAAGAAAAGCCUUGUUAGAGUAUUUCUUAGAGCAGACCUUCUGAAAACAGCGUCGUCGUUGUUCAUCAAUCACAGACAGUGUGGGUCAAUAUGGCGAGUCCAAGGACCAGGAGAGUUCUGAAGGAAGUGAGAACCCAAGACGAGAAUAAUCUAUGUUUUGAAUGUGGUGCUUUUAACCCUCAAUGGGUUAGUGUGACCUAUGGUAUCUGGAUUUGUCUUGAGUGCUCUGGCAAGCACAGAGGCCUGGGAGUCCAUCUCAGUUUUGUGCGCUCUGUCACCAUGGACAAGUGGAAAGAUCUCGAGCUUGAGAAGAUGAAAGCGGGAGGAAAUGGAGCAUUUCGUCUAUUUCUUGAACUCCAACAUGAUUAUGAUCCCACCUGGACGUUACAGGAGAAAUACAACAGCAAAGCUGCUGCACUCUUUAGAGACAAGGUUGCAACUUUAGCAGAGGGUAAGGAGUGGUCCAUUGAGACAUCCACUGCCAAAAACUGGACAUCCCCUCAACCCAAGACCAACCUGUCGGCCUCCCAUCGCUCUGGAGGACCUGGCCAAAGCUCAGCAAAACCUGGUGACAAGGCUUUUGAAGACUGGUUGAGUGAUGACGUUAACUCAUAUCAGAGUGGAGGGGGCUAUAGUGGGAAUCAAGAGAAUCGGUAUGUUGGCUUUGGCAACACCGUGACCCCAGAGAAGAAAGAGGAUGACUUCAUCAACAAUGCCAUGACUUCUAUUUAUUCAGGCUGGAGCAAUUUUGCUGUCGGAGCUAGCAAGUUUGCUUCUAUUGCUAAAGAUAAUACAUCUAAACUUGCCAACCAAGCAACCUUGAAGUUAAAGGGCUAUAACGCUCCCCCAGAACCGGCUGCAGAAUUAGGACAGACAUUAAAUGAGAAUGUUAUCAAACCCACUCAAGAAAAGGUAAAAGAUGGCAAAUUUCUAGAUGAAAUGGCAGUCGGCAUCACUGGGCUGGCAACCAAGGUUCAGGGAGCUGGUUCAAAGUUGACUAAUCUGUUCACGGGAAAACCAGAGGAUGGGUCUACUGGAGAGAGCUACCAGAACAUGGAUCCCACUGAGGGAUAUCAGGGAAGUUCUAGCCAGCCGGUCUCAAAGGACUUCUGGGAAACCUUUGGCAGCAGCAACUCCUUGAAGGCCAAGAAGUCACCCAGCAGUGACAGCUGGACCAUCGCAGAUAAUUCUGCAAAGAAGAGCUCUGACAGUUGGGACAAUUGGGGCUCCGAAGCAGCGUCCAACAAUAAACACAGCACAGAGGAGAGCUGGGAAGCCUGGGACAACAACUGGGAGAACGCAGAUGGUAAGACGAAGAAGAGUCCCACAAAACCUGCUGAGGAAACCUGGGAUAAUGCAGACUGGUAGUGACCUCUCAGCCAUACAUCCCCUCACCCUUUUCCCCACUCUGGCCUUUCCCCCAUUUCUCUCCCUCGCUUUCUCUGUUCAUUUUACUGGCACUUUUUAUGGAAAGAGCUUCCCAUCGAUCCAAUCAAAAUAUAUUUAUUCUAAAAUCAAUGAAAAAACAUAAAUGAAGCCCAAGUUAGGUUCUGCUCAUUGUUAAAGGGAUAUUCUUCAAAAUAUAAAACUAUACUGACUUCCAGUCAUGUAUUUUAUUGUAAAUGGCCUUUCAUCAGGAAGUAAAAAUGAAUCAGUGUAGAUAUGGUCAUAACUUUCUUCCUGAGUUCAGUACUCUUAAAGUUAAAUAAGCCACUGUGCAUACGGCGCAGGUUCAAUAAUAAUGGUUCUCAAUUCAAAGUAAAACCAAUCCAUGACUGAGCAUAUAUGACACUGUAAAUAUAUAUUAUUGUAAAUACAGGAUGAUUUACUGAACAACAAUUGCAAAAUGCUUGUUCAAUCAAAUUCAUUUUUUCUGCCAAUGGACCUUUUGCACAUUAAGGCCUUUAACUCAAAUUUACUCAAAUAAACAAACAACCAGCUGACUGUCACCAAUCUGAUUGAGUACGUACAAUUUAAGAUAAAUGAUCUAAGGUGUAAUAAAUUGGACCUACAGUAAAUUACAUUUGUAGUAUUGUUUGCUGUUUUCUCCAUUUUUCUGUUUUGUUUAAAAUGUGUAAACAGUAUCGGUUUUUAUGAGCAGAACUGGAUUGUUAAAAGUGGAAUUCGUUGUGUCCCAAACAAAUAAAGCUUAUCAAUAUUUGCCCCUUUUCAAGUUGUAAAAUGGUUAGGUUGGUGUUCACGUUGUUGUCGCUCCGACUUCUGACUGUUGACACUAAUUUUGAUUGGAUGACUUUUUCAGUCUUCAGCUUCAACAGCUCAAGACCUUUCUGCGACUCAUUUCCAUCAUUACAACAUCAUUUUAGGAUUUUGUUAUACAAGUAAUUAUACUUUAUUAUGCAACAUAUUAACUUACCACAUUAUUUUGUACAUUACUGCUUAAUCUAAUUGGGUUGAGAAUAUUUUGAGAAAAAAUAUCCCAGAGAUCAGUGACAAAGUCCAAUUCUGAAGCAUUGAAUAAAAUAUCACAAUGAUAAUUAUUAAUCUGCUAGUGGAUUUACCUGAUUUUAAAACAGGCUGGUAUUUUUUUUAAUUUAAACUUUUGAAUACAGGUCAUCCUGACCAUGUAAGCUCAAAUUCCAGUUAUCCUCUUAUGAGCAUAGCCGUUGAGCAGAAACGCCACUUGUUGGUUAAGCUGUUCAUUUCUAACUUUGCAGGUUUCCUUUUGACAUUAAAGUAUUUUUAGACCAUUACUUAAUUAAAUGUGUUGUGGAUAAUUACACACACGUCUCAUUGCGCAUGUACUGCGCAUACUGUGGAGCUUGUGUUUCAAUGACUUGACACCGAUGUUGACUGCCUGUAACUUGUGAUCUCAACAGAACUGACUGGUCAUUGUAAAAUUCAUCUCUCAUAAAGCCACUCUUGUGUUCUCCACAUCUGAGUCAUUGCAGCACCUUUGGCAUUGUGUGUUGUGAGGAUUUGGUAUAACGGAUAUUGGUCGCACUCAUCAAUGAGGCCUGACAUACGCUGGAUGAUUGGACGGUCAUAGCUCUCUCACACAUGUUAUGAAUUUAUUCAGCAGCUGCACUCAGAGAUGCUAAUGUGUCUUAAAAAUAUAUCGUUUUAACAAUUUGAAAUGUAAUCUGUGAACCUGUAGUAAACCUAAAAUUCAAGUGAGCCAUCAUGGUUUAGAACUAGAAGGAUAUUGACUCUCCCAUUUGGCCUUUAAUUCCCUAUAAUAUAAGGUAACCCUAAUUGUCAUAGGUGAUGCAAUGGCAUCAAAUUAAAGUCCUGUUAAAUACAUUACUUUAACAGAAAAAUUAAGUGAAAAGACAUCUUGUCAUCUUUGUUGCACAUUCAUUGAGGCUGGGUGUCUGUAAUCAUUGGCUAGUCGUUAUUGUGACUGCUCACACAGCAGUUAACCAGUGCAGUGAAGCUGCUGGAUUAAUAGGGUGCUACAGCGCUUUGCUGCACCUCUCUAGGCAUUCCUAUCAUAAUAAUGAUAUUUCACUAGCGCAAGCUUUAAUGUGAAAAUGUUGUUUCCUGGGAACCUUAUUCCAUGCUCAUUUCCUACCUCUAAGAAGUCUUCAGUUUACAUCAGAUUUUUGUUGUAGUAGGGAAACUUUGGGGGUUUUCUGAACCUUUGAGCUUUGAGCUUUUUUUUGGUGGUCACUCCUCGAACAUUUGUGUUGGUGAAACUCUGUCGUCAUGUGUACUCGGUCAUGUAUUGAAAAACCUUCAACAGCUGUGAUUGUUUUUCAUUGAUGCCUCGUGGGUUUCGGAUACAGUGCAGUGUUCAUAUUGGUAAAUUAUCAUGAAAUAACAUAUUGUUAGCGCCACAAUUCAGCUCUGUGUCAGUCAUUUAGAUUUUUUUUUAUUGUAUGAUGCCACAAUUUAAAAUGUAAUAAACUGCCAGAAAAAGUAUGGAAGAUUUUGUGCUGUUACAUCUGAGGUUUCCCUAGAAACAUUUUAACAGCCACAUGUCUGUAAUCUGUUUGAUCUUAGAGUUCUAAAAUACUAGACAUGUUUAUGGUGGAUGUUUAAGGUCACUGGUAUACACGAAACACUUAUUGACUGCAGAAUGUGUACAUAAAUGCAUCCAAAAGGUCUUGAUUUUAGGUCAUGUUUUUUUUUUUCUACACAUCUGAAGCCAAUUCUAAACUUUAACUUUCCAGAGCUUUCCAGACUUUUGGUCUGUGCCUGUCGAACAUUAUAGAGAUUGGGUACGUCCGUAUUUGUUGAUGAAACUAUGUCAGAAAUGUUAUUUUUAAUGUCAUGCAUGAGAUGUUAUGUGGAACUAAAUAGCUGUUGCUUGAGUUUCAAAAGUUUCCUCAGUGAAUUUGAGUGCAGUUGUCUGCUUUUCUCCUACAAGUGUCACCAGCAGCCCUCCCAUGAGGCGAGCCUGUGUUACCUGCUCAGUUGAGGCUGAGGAUAUUCUACUUGUACACAUGGUUUCUGUGUUGAAUAAAACUAUUGUGCCGUGAAUGCCA